AGUUUUGGAGGCAGGGGCGUAGCUAGAGGAGAGGGGGCCCGUGUUCAUCCCUAUCUCUGGUGGCCCCCCAGAGUGAGGGAGAUAAUGAAGAAAAUAGGGAGGGGGCGAGCUGCAGGGCCCUCAGGAGCCCAGGGGGCCCCAGGUUCUUUGAGCCCUUUCUCUCAUUUAUAGCUACGCCCCUGUUUGGGGCGUAGUGUUGUGAUUUGUUGUUUUCAGGCAGAGACAGAAGGUUCUGGUUGCCUGAGGGAAGGAGCAACCUGAUUGGUUAAUGUAUCCCUUUGGAACUGGAUAAAUGGGAGGGUUGAACAGCCAGGAGGAAGAGGUGGACUGGGUGAGAGGGUGUGCUGCUGCUGAAUGGUGUGUUUGCUGGAAGGCUGGAAUACCAGCUGGAUCAGACUGAAACUGUUAGGGAAGGUAGCAGUGAGGGAGCUGGUCCUACCGGAACCUGCUAGGCCUUAGGAGAGAUAGAUAGCAAGCUUAUUUUAUUUUUUGUACUCUUGCCAACUUAACUUUUCAUCGUUUGUAAAGGUUUUUUUAAAAAAAUUCUGUAACUUUAUAUUAUAGUAAACCUGUUCUUGUUUUUAUACUAUUUUUCUGGUGUCUCUGUCAUUUUAGUCCCAUCUCACGCCUGCCUGCCAUUUCCUGGCAUCAAACUGGGAGGAAAUAUUCUGUGUAUUGCCCACUAUUGCACUGAACAGUGGCUAAAAACCAUUGCUUUGUGGAAUAUGUGGCAUGCUAGAUGCAUCCUUUGACAGAGGAGAGCUGGUCUUGUGAUAGCAGGGGUGGAGCCACCAUUGAAUGGACGGGUUCAAAGAACCCAGGCUGCUGACCCUCAGGAGCCACUCCUGGUGCCCUAGAUAUACACCCCGCAUCUGACAUCAGACAUGGGUGCAUGAUUUAGCUCCUAAAUGGUGCUGUGCAGCCCCAUUUUUGAGCUAAACAGGCCAGCACUGCAUUCACAUUGCGGCCAGAGUGAAAGGCAGGGAGAGCUGCUCCAGCUGACCUGCAAAUGCAGUGCUGGCCAAUCUAACUCCCAAACAGGGCAGUGCGGCCCUGUUCGGGAACUAAACCAUGCCCCCACAUCUGACGUCAGAUGCAGGGGGUAUGGCUAAAUGCUCCCUGUAUCUGACAUCAGGGGGCAGGGCUAGGGAAGUCACGGCAGCAGCAGAACCCAGACUGCUACUGGCCUCCCUCCACCCCUGUGUGAUAGCAAGCAUGACUUGUCCCCUUAGCUAAGCAAGGUCUGCCCUGGUUGAAUAUGAAUGGGACACUUGAUGUGUGAGCACUGUAAGAUAUUCCCCUCAGGGGAUGGAGCCGCUCUGGGAAGAGCAGAAGGUUCCAAGUUCCUUCCCUGGCAUCUUCAAGAUAGAGCUGAGAGAGAUUCCUGCCUGCAAACUUGGGGGAGCUGCUGCCAGACAAUACUGAGUAGACAAUACUGAGCUUGAUGGACCUAUGGUCUGACUCAGUAUAUGGCAGCUUCCUAUGUUCCUAUGACACCAUUUCACAGGAUGUUUUUAUAAUGUUAUAUAUUUGGUGUUUUCAAAAGAACUGUGAAGGGGUUGCCUAUGAAAUAGAAUAUGAAGGUGUUCGUGCUAGUUCUUAAUUUCUGAGUAAGAAAAUUACAAAAUGCCAUAGAAACUCCCACAAAAGCUCUGUAUCUUAAAGAAAUGAACUGUAGCCAUUAGCAACUACUAAUGGAGAUUAGAAUCCAAUUCUCACAGCUACUUUGACAGGAAAUCGAGAGUGAAAUGGACCUAGACUGAGAAGGCACAUUGGUAGAAAAGAUGACUGUAAAUAAUAAAAGCAAAAAAGUCAUUGUAACAAUCAGCAAGACAUUUGAAAGGAACAGUUCUCUCUCUUUCACAAGUAAUGCCUGUAGCUUUUUUACACCAUAUGGAUGAAUGAAUGAGAGCCAGCGUGGUAUAGUGGUUAGAGUGCUGGACUAGGACCGGGGAGACCCGAGUUCAAAUCCCCAUUCAGCCAUGAAACUAGCUGGGUGACUCGGUCACUUCUCUCUCAGAGUCACUUCUCUCUCAGCCUAACCUACUUCACAGGGUUGUUGUGAAAGAAAAACUCAAGUAUGUAGUACACCGCUCUGGGCUCCUUGGAGGAAGAGCGGGAUAUAAAUGUAAUAAUAAUAAUAAUAAUAAUAUGACCAGAGAAUGAAUAUGACCCUUGACUUUAAUGAACUUACCCUGGAAAAGAUACUUUUUGGGACUGCAGCCAUAGUCUAAAAUUAUCAGCAACCCCUUAUACUUUUAAGAUGUAUCCAGUUUAAUCAUCAUCUGCUGCCAAGGCUGUGUAUCUUUACUGUAUGAGUAUGAUAAUGGUAGGAAAGAUGGUAGGAAGAUGAGUUUCAAUGGUAGGGACAUGAAUUUCAGUCACUUUCCCAAUCCACCACCUACAUACCUAGUCACUACAUCUAGUAUGUUUUACUCUACCCACUACAAUAAGUGUAAAUCUGAUGUUUACUUCAGGUGAUCUCACUAUCCGGGGUAAUCUAGCCACUCGCUGCCUGAACAGGCGGCGUGGCUUGUUUGCCCCAGCCUCCUGCAAGGAGCAUGAGGCAAGAGUUUGGGCCCAUCAGCUCCAAGUUGCGAGGGGGCGGGACUUUUGGCCCUUAACAGCCAUCAGUGUUCUCUUCCAUUCAGACCAUUCUCAACAAGCAAAGAGAACAGACAUGCGGGUGGCCUGCUCAGUUUAGGAGCAAGGCCUGUUCACACAACCCAGGCGUGGCAGUGAUUCGGGUGGUGCCCUCCACAUGGAGAAUGUGGCUGACGCCGGGUGCAGAGCAGCAGACACGUAAUGGCUGCGGCCUGUGGUUGGGCACCCUGGGAGUGGCGAGAAGGCUGUGGCGUCGGGGGUUCCCCCCUGGUUUGGUUUGGAGUGCGAGGGGGUUGUGGGCCCUGAUACCAGCCCAGCAACACGGCCUGCCCAGUUUGCUUUCUACUGAGGCUGGUGCGGGAUACUUGCAGGCCUGUGGGGGACUACCCAGGCAGGAGUGUAGGGUCCUUUCCAGUAUAGACUGGAUCAGUCAAAUCCCUCUUUGUGGGGCUUUAGGGGAUUGCUGAAUUGACUGGGGUCCUGCUUGUUUUAAAGUGGCUUUGGGUGCUAUUACAUUCACUGUGGUGUGAUUCAGAGUGCACGUGGGGGGGAUACCUUUGGCAAAGUCAUGGCACUGAAGAAAGCUAGUGGCAAAAGGUGGGGGAGGCUGGUAAGACCACCCAGACGGCUUGCCUCUCCAGAUUCCUCAUCAUCCGAUGAUGGCGCUGACAUGGGUACCAUUAGGGCCAUUAUCGCGUGCCUUAAAGCAUUAGAGAAAGAAAAGAAGGCACCCCCGGAUGGGAAGGAUAAGGGUGUGCCUUCUGGGGUCCCAACCAAGCCUAAGAAGCUUACUAGGGGAACAAAAAAGGUGAAGCUUAUGCAGGCUCUAUCCGAUAGAUGGUCAGCCCUGGAGGCAGACAGGCCUGGACCCACACCGGCACCGGUUGACCUGACUCAUGAGAAGGAAGGAUCCAUGCCCAAACUUGAUGUGUCUGGAGGAGAUGGCUGUGAGGCUGGCAACACUGGCACAGAGGGAAAGAGUGAGCCGGUCAUGGGUUCUGGCGCAGCAGCGGUGGCAACAAGAUACAGGGACGGGCAAAGCUCAGUGCAAGGUGCCUGCUGUUGCUGUUUCUCCUCUCCAGCACCAAAACUGGACAAGCUUGGUGCCAGAAGCAUGAGCAUGAGGCAGUUGCUGGUACUUUGUUUUUCCAUGGUCCAAGAUGGAUCAGCAGGGCAGGGGUCAGACUACCCAGUUGCACCAGGUGCUGGUCAAGCAGAGGCUCUUCUGUGCGUGUUGAUCUGUGUCCACUUGAUAGUUUUUUGAGCUCAAAGAAGUAUUAGCACCUCACAUUUUUGUUCCCAGUUGGACUUGGGUGGCAUGAAUCUUUGUGAUUUAGCAGAAAGGGAACUGAGGCAGAGAGCAUCUUGCGCAGGCACAUGGAGAAGUGUCUGUGUUGCUAGCACCCAAUUCCUAGGAAGACCUACUCUCCUCUUUUCUGAGGGAAGGAAACUGUAUGAGUGGGGAUCCCAAGGGAUGUCAGCAGGGAUAACCUGCCUCACCCCUAACUUGUCCAAGAUGGCUGCAACAAUGGGGAAGUACCACACAAGGGGAUUUUAAAAUAUAUGAACCAGGACUUAGACCUGACUCAGCCACACUGAUCCUCACUUACAAUCACAAAAGUCUUCAGCGGUUGCUACUCUCUAGAGGUUCAUUCUACUGCAAUUUAUGCUUGCUGCACAACACCUCCUGUGGCGCUUUUCCUGCCUUGUGCUCUACUUGCCUGAACAACUAAAUUCAAUAACCAUCCUAGUAAAUUAAGAGUCCUUCUGGGUUACUC